CCUGUCCCUGGGCAGCCGGCAAGGCGGGCGGGCGGACUGCUGCCCUGGGCUCGGACGCCCUCCCCGCGCGGCCCCCAGCCUCGGCUCCUCCCCGGGCCCGGCGGGCUCCGAGUGAGCGAGAGCGGCCGCUGCUGCCCCUGCCCCAACCCCUGCUGCCGCCGCUGCCCUCCGGGGGGGUGGCCCGGCCCGCGCAGUCCAUGCGAUUCGGGAUUAAAGUUUGCGCUCGGCGCAGGAGUCCCCAAGAUGCCGUUCCACCCGGUGACCGCGGCGUUGAUGUACCGGGGCAUCUACACCGUGCCCAACAUCCUGUCCGAGCAGCGGCCCGUGGAGAUCCCCGAGGACGAGCUAGAGGAAAUCCGUGAGGCCUUCAAAGUGUUUGACAGAGAUGGUAAUGGGUUCAUCUCCAAGCAGGAGCUGGGCACCGCCAUGCGCUCCCUGGGUUACAUGCCCAACGAGGUGGAACUGGAGGUCAUCAUUCAGCGGCUGGACAUGGACGGUGAUGGCCAAGUGGACUUUGAAGAAUUUGUGACAUUACUGGGGCCCAAGCUGUCCACCUCGGGGAUUCCUGAGAAGUUCCAUGGGACUGACUUCGACACCGUGUUCUGGAAGUGUGAUAUGCAGAAGCUGACAGUGGAUGAGCUGAAGCGUCUGCUUUACGACACCUUUUGUGAACAUCUUUCCAUGAAGGACAUUGAAAACAUCAUCAUGACAGAGGAGGAGAGUCACCUGGGCACUCCCGAGGAGUGUCCUGUCGAUGUGGAGACCUGCUCCAACCAGCAGAUCCGCCAGACCUGCGUCCGAAAGAGCCUCAUCUGCGCCUUCGCCAUCGCCUUCAUCAUUAGCGUCAUGUUGAUCGCAGCCAACCAGGUCCUGCGGAGCGGCAUGAAGUAGCUGAUAGGUGGGGGGCUGGGGAUGGUGUGGCUGCCCCGGCCAUGUCCCCACCCCCCACCGAGCCAGCCUCACAGAGGCCUGGGGCCUCCUGCUGGGCCCUGGGAACAGGACAGUGCUGGGGGGAGGGGGGGCCACGGCUGGCCAGAGCAUGUGGCCCUGGCCCCAGGGGCCCGGCCCGGCCCAGCCCAGCCCACCACGCAUGGCUGUGGUGCCCAGCGCAUGUCAAUGCAUGGGGGGGCCCCUCCCCAGUGUAACUCUGAGUGAUGCAAUCCUGUGUGCCAAUAGGAUAUAUCCUACCAUAAAAUAUAAUCUCUCUCUCUAUAUAUAUAUAUCUAUUUAUGAUAAAAAGAAAACACCAAAACCAUCUGUAAAGCAAUACAAACCCCCUUCCCCUCCCCUUCUUGAACCCGUGGGUCUUGCAUGGACCAAGGAUGAAGGCUAGAGGCAGAUCUUUACCCUGGCCUAUGGAAGAGAGACCCUGGCCCUCCUCCAAAGCCCUGCUAAGGGGGUCUAGGAGAGGGCUCAGAGAAGGCAUAUGGGCAGGUGGACCCUCACAGGGAAUGGACUCGGUGUGGGGAGGUAUUGGGCCCUCUACCAGAGAGGCUGAACAGGGCCAGGCCUGACCACCCAGGAGGGUCCUGAAGCCAGCCCCCUCCUCCAUUCCACCUCCAGGGGAAAGGGCAAGGCCUUGAGGCUGCGGGGGAUUCUGGGAGAGGACCCCCAUGCCUGCACCCACUCCCUUCCCCUGUCUUGUCCCUGCCCCUUUCUUCCUGUAUGUCUGUUUCCUGAUGUGACUGCUGGUUCACUAGCCUGUAUGUAGCAUCACCUUGUUCCUGUCUGUUUGGGGGUGUUCAAACUCAAUAAAGAUGGAAUUUCUAUAUGGGUUCAAUAGCCCCAGAGAUAAGGA